AUGGAAACCACAUACACAAUGGCACCCACGGUGCAAGGACAACCAUCAUUUGCAUACUAUCCCACUGCGGAUUCCACAACACAACAAAGACAACCAACCCACUUCACUAGCCAUCCAUCCGACAUGCAACAAUUCUAUGGACAGAUGCCAGCCUACCCUCAACACCAGCAACCACAGCACUGCAUGCCCGAGCAGCAACCCAUGUACGCUGCCCAGCCCAUGCUGAACAUGCACCAGAUGGCCACUACAAAUGCCUUCCGCGGUGCAGUCAACAUUGCCUCGCCCCAGCCAUCCCACAUGAAGCCCACCAUCAUCGUGCAGCAGGGCUCGCCUGCUCUCAUGCCCCUUGACACUCGAUUUGUGAGUGCCGACUUCUACGGCUUCCCCUCGACUCCCCCGCUCUCCUCGACCGGAAGCACCAUCAGCAGCCCGCCCUCCAGCAGUGGUGCACUCCGAACUCCUGUCAACGACUGCUUUUUCCCGUUCGAGAAGGUUGAGGGUGUGAAGGAGGGAUGCGAAAACGAUGUCCACGCGGAGAUCCUGGCCAACGCCGACUGGGCUAGGGCUGACUCGCCUCCCAUGACACCAGUGUUCAUCCAUCCCCCCUCGCUCACCGCCAGCCAAAGCUCGGAUCUUCUGUCGGCCAACAGCUCGUGCCCAUCCCUUUCCCCUUCUCCUUCCCCUGUCUCUUCUACUUUCCUUGGCUCUCAGGGCUCUCUUGCUGUUGAGCCAGCAAGCCAGCACUUCUGUGACCCCCGCCAGCUCACCGUCGAGUCCUCCGUUGGCGCUGCCACCCCCACUGACCUCCCCCCGUUGCCUACUCUCUCCUGCGAGGAGGAGGAGCCAAAGGUUGUCUUGGGCAGUGCUGCUGUGACUCUUCCCGUCCAUGAGAACCCUUCGCCUGCCUACUCUGGUUCUACUGAAGACCCCCUCAGCACUCUGCCCACCUUUGACAGCUUCUCUGACCUCGACUCGGAGGACGAGUUCGUCAACAACCUGGUCGACUUUCACCCCAGUGGAAACACCUACUUCGUGGGCGACAAGCGCCAGCGUGUCGGCACCUACGCUCUCGAUGACGACGAGUUCUUGAGCGAGCACAGCCUGGAAGACUCGGACGACCAGGAGGCCGUUCCCCACGGUCUUCCCUUGGAGGCCUCCCACUCCCACUCUCACUGUGCUGACUCCUGCGAGUCCUCGGAUGAGAUGAGAAGCAAGAAGCGCAGCAACACCCGCAAGUCGCUCAAGCGAUCUUGUGAGGACGACUCGGAUGCAGGAAAGAAGGCUCAGAGCCCGGCCAACAGCCGUGCCAACAACGCCCAGGCUACCGCUCAGCCCGCGCAGUCGCGCCAGUCUUCUGAGCCCAACUCUGGCUCCGAGUCUACUCCUGCUCCCGUGUCUGUCAACCGCCGUGGUCGCAAGCAGUCUUUGACUGAUGACCCUUCCAAGACCUUCGUGUGCACUCUCUGCUCUCGUCGCUUCCGCCGCCAGGAGCACCUCAAGCGUCACUACCGCUCUCUCCACACCCAAGACAAGCCUUUCGAAUGCAACGAGUGUGGAAAGAAGUUCUCGCGCAGUGACAACCUCGCUCAGCACGCCCGCACCCACGCUGGUGGAUCCAUCGUCAUGGGCGUCCUGGACCCCAACUCUACCACUCCACCAGCUGGGUUCGAGGAUCGCGAUCCAAACGGACUGGGCGCUGUGUUGUACGAAGCUGCCAACGCUGCCGCCACCAAGUCGACAAGCGAAUCCGAUGGCAGUGCCUCGGACAACGUUCCUGUGGACCGACGGGCCGCUAAGAAGCGCAAGCGCGACGAGAACGCCUAA